AUGAAAACGUUAACAUUAUAUUUAAAAAUUACUACAUUCCUUCUUUUAAUUUGGAUGUAUCAAUGUUUUUAUAACUGCUAUACUUAUAAAACUUUGAUUGAUAAAAAAAGAUUGCAAAUAAAAAAUGAGCUAAUAUAUGAAAGAGUAUUAACAGAGGGAGACAUAGCAGGAAAAGAGCAAACGUACGCUGAAGAAUGCCAAGAAGAAUGUCCAAUAGUAAAAAAAAAAAAAGAAAAAAAAAAAAAAUAUAGGUAUAUUCCGCUAGUACGCGAGAAUCCGUACGAUCGAUGGCAGAAUGUCAAUAAUCCAACAUUGUUUGAGCGAUUUAAAAAUGAAACAAUUGGAAUGGAUGAUAAAUGGAGAGACCAAAAAUGGAAUAAUGAAUGGAAUAAAAUUUCAGCGAACAAAGUUAAUGAACUAUCUGAAAUAUUUAAUCAAAGUGAUAUUUCAAAAGAAGAAAAAGAAAAAUUAAUUUAUACUGUUAAGGAUGAACUCUUCGGACUAUUUGCGAAUUUUUUAAAAGAAUGUAAGAAAGAGAUAAGAGACAAUAAAACAGUAUCCGAAUCUAUGAAAGAGAUGAUAGACAAUAAAACAGUAUCCGAAUCUAUGAAAGAGUUGACUGACAGUAAAACACGAUCCGAAUCUAUGAAAGAGAUGAUAGACAAUAAAACAGAAUCCGAAUCUAAGAAUGAGCAGGGAAAAAAUAAAAUAAAAAAUCAGAAAUCAAAUAUAUUGAAAUUUCUUUUUAAGAAGUUUGAAAACCAUUAA